CAGCUCAGAUCCAGCUAAUCCGGUUGGUUUCAUCAUGGCGGGCACGGCGGCGUCAUGUUCAGCAUAGUUUAACACGAUGUUUAGUUUGCGGUUGCGGCACUUAAAGGUUUAGUUACAGCGCAAAACCGUGUUAGCGGCUGAAAGAUUAUUUUUCUGCAGUCUACGCUUCGUUUGUUGCCCGACCUGCCCCAGCGUCUUCGAGCGUGACCGCGAAACGAGUUGACUCGCUCAAAUUUUUAAGCAUGACAGUGGCAAUCGGCUUCGAAGGAAGUGCGAAUAAGCUGGGCGUUGGAAUCGUCCGUGAUGGGCAAGUCCUGUCCAACCCACGAGUCACUUAUAUCACACCUCCUGGGGAAGGCUUCUUGCCACGAGACACUGCAGUGCACCACCGAGCACACGUCUUGGAUGUUCUCGAGAAAUCGCUUCGAGAGGCGAACAUCACGCCCGACGAAAUCGACGUUGUGUGUUACACUAAAGGUCCAGGCAUGGGAGCUCCCUUGGUGUCUGUAGCUGUGGUAGCAAGAACAGUGGCACAGCUUUGGAACAAACCCAUCGUAGGUGUCAACCACUGCAUUGGACACAUUGAAAUGGGGAGACUCAUCACGGGGGCCGACAAUCCGACUGUUCUUUAUGUCAGUGGAGGAAACACCCAGGUGAUUGCAUACAGCGAGAAGAGGUACAGGAUAUUUGGAGAAACUAUCGACAUUGCAGUUGGUAACUGUCUUGAUAGGUUUGCAAGAGUGCUAAAGCUCUCAAAUGACCCUAGUCCAGGGUACAACAUUGAACAGAUGGCUAAAAGGGGCAAGAAGCUGAUCCCUCUUCCCUAUGUCGUGAAAGGCAUGGAUGUGUCGUUUUCAGGACUGCUGUCAUUCAUUGAGGAACAGGCAGACUCCCUUCUGUCUCAGUCAAAAUGUACACCUGAGGACCUCUGCUUCUCCCUGCAAGAAACUGUCUUUGCAAUGCUUGUAGAAACAACUGAGCGUGCAAUGGCUCACACUGGAUCCAGCGAGGUGCUGAUUGUCGGCGGUGUUGGCUGCAACGAGCGACUGCAGGAAAUGAUGAAGAUCAUGGCAGAGGAGCGCAAGGCCAAGCUGUUUGCAACAGACGAGAGAUUUUGCAUCGACAAUGGAGCCAUGAUUGCACAAGCAGGCUGGGAAAUGUUCCGCUCUAACCAGACGACUCCCUUUGAGGAAACAACUUGCACGCAGAGGUACAGGACAGAUGAAGUUGAAGUGACAUGGAGGAGCUGACAGCACCAUUUAGUUAUAAAGAGGUUUUGAAUAAAGAAUGCUCUAGUAAAGGCAUUCCUUCAUAA